AUGCCCUUCCUCAAAUCCACGGACCCACCCGACAAUGCAUUCGAGCAAUUGGUGCGCGAUCUCAGCGAAACCCUAGGCUCAAGCUCGGGCCUCGACUCCGCGGAUGUCGACCCUCUGGACAUCCAGCGUCUCAUGGCAUGCUACACCUCGAACCCAGAGGAAUGGCAGGAUUUUGCCCUAGGUGAUUCUAGUAGAACAUACACCAGGAAUCUCAUCGAUGAAGGAAAUGGCAAAAGCAAUCUUCUGAUACUAGUUUGGAGUCCUGGCAAAGGUAGUCUGAUUCACGACCACGCAGAUGCUCACUGCGUCAUGAAGAUUCUCAAAGGCUCCGUCCAAGAAACCCUCUACUCCUGGCCCGACCAGAACAAGAUCAAACACGGGGAGACCUCGCCUCCGCAGAUCAAGAAGGUGACAACAUACAACGAGAACGAGGUGACAUACAUGUCUGACAAGCUGGGUCUUCACAAAAUCUCAAAUCCCGAUCCCCACAAUUUCGCCGUUUCGUUGCAUCUCUACACGCCCCCCAACGCCGCAACCCGCGGGUUCUCCAUCUUCAACGCCGAAACCGGCAAGGCCAUACACAUCAAACAGUCGCAUUUCUACUCCGUUCGAGGUCGACGGUGUUCGAAUCCCGCGUCCUGA